AGAGUAAUUUAAAAAAAUGUUCAUAACUUAAAUUCCUUUCAAAUUUUGUAACAGAUGGAAGAGGAAUGAACGGACUUGAAAGGAAAACGCCAUUAAAGGGAUGGUGGGGGCAGCAAAAAUGGCAUUUGGGUUUAUCAUCAUUGCAAACACAAGUAAAUAUUUGACAUCAGAUGGGGCCUGACAUCAUUGGCUGGAAGCUUUAGGUGUUUGUUGUGGGGUUUUUUUCAGUUUGAAUUAUUCAGAGGUUAAGAAUAAGGUAGUUGAAAAAAUUAUCCAGCAAAUUCUAGUCUUUCAAAUAAUGCAGCUUCUGCAAGAGAAAUCCAGUUUGAAAAAGCUAAUAUUUGUUAUGUAGAAUGUUCUCUGUUCUGAUACAUCCACCUGUAGACAGCUAGAUCCUGUUCAUCUUUGUUUUCCUCGUCCGAGCUACAAUCUGGUUCAAAACAAAUCUGGUUCGGCUGGAUAACUCGAAAAUGAUGUCCUGUCAGUCUGUGCAUGCACAAUGAGUGUUGGUAGGACAAUUUCACGAGUAGGAAGGAUUUAAGAGAAAAGAUACAAGGACUCUGACUGAAAGACUUAUGCGAAUCGAUUAAAAACUCAAUGCCCAUGAACUUAUGCGUAAAAGGAAUGUCAACGUGGAAUGACUCUGUGCUGUAUAAAGAAGUUCUGCCUGCAGGUGUGGGUAGUGAUGGGACGAGCGACACUGGUGCAUCAGCACUGUGCCGAGAGCUCAAGAGCGAAACCUCGUAUCGGUGCGUGUAUUGCUUUAAGAAAGAAUCACGUGACCGAUACAGGAACUGUAUCGUUUGGAUGUGCCGCGCCAAAGUGUGUUUAUAAGGAAGCAAACUGUAUCAACAUGUCGUGGGUUUGUCGGAUGGAGUUCUGCUUGAUCAUGGAUCGUCCUAGGAAAUUUUCCCCGGUGUGGAAUAAUUUUGAUCUCAUGACGCAAACAAGGUAAAUCUUUUUCUCCUUUAUAUAUUUUAUUUUUUAAGGUGGCGCUUUGCACUCACUUUAUCAGUUUAUCAAGUGAAUGACCUGAGAUACAUAUGAUAGUCAGUUAAGAUAAGAGCCUUACAGUUGCUUUAUUCAUGUUAUCAUGUAAUUAUGAGAUCCUGAUCUCGUAAUCAUGAGAUAGGGUGUCUAUUUUCUAUAACAAGUGAAUGCAAUGUUCUGGUAAGAGGUUUGAAUUGUUUUCAGAUAAAUAAACUUUUUAUGUUAUUGUAGGUGAAGUGUCGGCUCUGCUCCACAGAGCUAUCUUAUAUCAAUAAGAGCACUUCAUCAAUGCUGAGGCAUUAUGGAGCUCGGCAUGGCAAUGAAGAAUUGGCAGCUACUCGUGAGAGUACCCCAGUUCCUAACAAGCAAGCAGUGGAUGAGGCAGUAGUCAAUAUGAUCAUCAAAGACUGUCAGCCACUCAGCUUUGUUGAAAACGAGGGAUUCAGGGAGCUCCUGAAGCUUGUUUUACCCUCGUAUGCUCUACCAAGCAGGAAGACCAUCAAGGACUUGGUGAGCCAGAGAUAUGAGGAGGAAAAGGAGAAAACCAAAAAGGACCUCCAGAGUGCCGUUGCUGUUACUUUAACAGCUGAUAUGUGGACGUCUAUGAAUAUGGAGGCAUAUCUAGCUGUUACUGGCCACUAUGUGGACACAGAAAGCCAUGAACUCCAUUCAUCUGUCUUGGCAGUGCAGCAUUUUCCUCAGAAACACACUGCAGGAAACAUUGCCACGGUGGAGCCUCAUGGAGGAGUGGGGCAUAGCAGGAAAGGUCAGGUGUCUUGUCACUGAUGCAGCAGCAAACAUGACUGCAUGUGCUCGAAUGCUGCAAAUACGGCAUACCAUUUGUAUAGCCCAUUCCCUGAAUUUAAUUGUGAGAAAAUCAUGUGAUCAAAUCCCAACAAUAACUGAAAUACGCAACAAAACACGACACAUUGUGACAUACUUUCGAUCGAGCGUGACUGCUAAAGAGAAGCUCACUCAAAUAGAGCAACAGCUGGGAACACCGGGCCAUAAAUGAAUAAACGAGGUGCCAACACGAUGGAACAGAGUACCUACCAAAUGUUUGAAAGAAUGACUGAGCAGAAGGAGGCAGUCUGGGUGUCACUGGCCUCAUUAAAACCUGACGUCACUCCACUGACUCCAGAAGAAUGUCAGAUCAUUGAAGAGAUGCU